CACGUUUGGCAUUUGUGGCCGGGGCAGAAUUUACACCCCUGUGAUCGGUGUCAACUUCAAACAGCAGAGCGGGGCGGGCACUGCCAGGCAGAGCAGCCCUGCUGCACGCUGCCCGGAGGGAAGAUUUCAGGCGGCCACCAGGGCUGAUGGCGAAGGACACUCCAGAUGGGGCUGGUGAUCCGUGCUCAUGAGCUCCGUCUAACACCACUUCUUCUCCAGCCACUGCCCGAGCAUUAACUGCUCUGGCACAUGAUACAGAGAUGAAUCAAAGAGGGGCCCUGCUCCCAGUGAAGUUCCUGUUAGGUCACUCUGGUCCUUGAGCUGCUGUCUUUACAUCGGACACACUUGGCUGGCACCUCAGAUGGUUGAUGCCUCUGGGAAGCCAACUUUGAAAGAAGCUCAGAUCUGACCAUGGGUGAACUUAAGGACAUGUGGUGGAGCAGUUUUGGUGAACAGUGGUAUGAGGGGUUGGAAAAUUUCACUGGCAUGCCACCCACGGGAGAAGAUUAUAGCCCCUGUGGCGGAGACCUGGAGAUACUCAACAGUGCAGCUCUGGUUGUUGUCUAUGUCGUGGUGUUCCUGUUGAGCCUGCUGGGAAACUCCCUGGUGAUGGUGGUCAUCUUAUGCAGCCAGGUCACCCGCUCCGUCACUGAUGUCUACCUGGUGAACUUGGCUGUCGCUGACCUGCUCUUUGCCCUAACCUUGCCUAUCUGGGCUGUGAACAAGGAGAAGGGCUGGAUUUUCGGCACGCCCUUUUGCAAGAUAGCCUCACUCCUGAAGGAAGUCAACUUCUACAGUGGCAUUCUGCUGCUGGCCGCCAUCAGCAUGGACCGCUAUCUGGCCAUCGUCCAUGCCACACAUACACUGACCCAAAAGCGCCACUUGGUCAAGUUCAUCUGUAUGGGCAUCUGGGUAGUAUCUUUGACUCUGUCUUUGCCCAUCAGCCUCUUUCGUGAGGCCAUUCGUCUUCAGGAGAGCAUCUUUGUCUGCUAUGAGUCCCUGGGUACUAACACAACCAUGUGGCGCCUGGUGCUGCGCAUCCUGCCUCAGUUCUAUGGCUUCAUCCUGCCCCUGCUCAUCAUGCUGUUCUGCUACGGCUGCACACUGCGCACACUGUUCAAGGCCCAGAUGGGGCAGAAGCACCGGGCCAUGAGGGUCAUCUUCGCCGUCGUGCUUGUCUUCCUGCUCUGCUGGCUGCCCCACAACCUGGUCCUGCUCACGGACACCCUCAUGAGGACCCGCUUGAUCGAGGAGACCUGUGAGCGCCGUGACCACAUUGACCGGGCCUUGGAGGUCACCGAGAUCCUGGGCUUCCUCCACAGCUGUCUCAACCCCAUUAUCUAUGCCUUUAUUGGCCAGAAGUUUCGUCACGGACUCCUCAAGAUCCUCGCUGCCCGUGGCCUGAUUAGCAAAGGGUUCUUGGCCCGUCACCGCGUGCCCUCUCACAGUUCUUCUAGCACUGUGGCUUCAAACCUCUGAGAGCUGCAGAAGGAAGAGUCUGUCCCACUCAGAGGAAAGGAUACCAUCAGGCCUGCCCAGGGCGUGGGUGGGAUAGACUGUCUCAGACAGACACCUUCGGGUUUGAGGAGCAGCUGCCGAGUGUGGGAGACUUAGGGAUUGGGGCCUCAGGGACCACUCCAGCCUCCCAGGAGACUAUCAAGGAACAGCUUCAACACUGCCAUGAACAGGCACAGCCUCAUUUCUGAUGAAUUUGGGCAUCUUUGCCCCAUUAGCAUGGUCAUACCUGUAACCUGCGUCUAACAGUAGAGCAAAGAACUGGGGCCAAAGCUGUUUUCCCAAAUGGGCUGGACCCUCUUGUCAGUCUUCACUGGAACCGCACCCCAAAUGCCGAGCGUGUUCUAACCAGGCUGAGGGGCAGAUCUGCGCUCUCUGAUCUCGUGGGGCUCUUUCCCCAUCUCUAGCGUGUUGUGAUACAUGCUGAGGACAUCAAGGCAGGUGCUGCUGCUGAAGUGUCACACCACCAGGUGGCCUCCUGCUGGAGCCAGAAAUAAUUUCCCUUUGGGUGCUGUGGGCAAGCAAAGGGUGUUUGGGAAACCAGUGCUACUGGUGUGAAAUCCUCUUUACUCCACGCUCAGAGAGGGCAGUGAGCCUGCUGGACACGCGCAGAGCCAUGGGCAGAACAGAACAAGACUCUCGAUGCCUCCAGCCUGACAUGGAGCAUUAGCAAUGUCCCAGACCCAUGCACGCUUUGCCAGUCAGCUGACUGGUCCCAUAUUUCCAAUAAAAUUUCUGCCUAUGUUA